AUGGUGCAGACCAUCAAGGCCAUCAAUGCUCAAGCCAUAGAAGAUCCUUCUCUGACAAGGAACAUAGGUGGUCAGUCUGUCCAGGCUGGAGAAGUGAUUGUUACUUCUGUCAUUGCUGCUAGAGAUCUGGAGCUUCCCUCUGGAGAUGAAGAGGAUGAAACUCUGGCAAAACAACCACCUACUGAGGCCACUCUUUCUGCUAGAAAGAAAAGAAAAGAAACUGCUCCUCCUCCGGCCAGCGCUGCCCAGCUUGAAAGGACCGGGGUUGAAUCUGAUGAGUUAGAAGAGCCUGCAGCUGUUCCAACUGAGACUUCUGGAACUGACGAUGAGCUACGAGAGGCUUUCGAAGCUGUUGAGCAGGAGAAGGAGAAAGAAAGAGAAAAAGAAGGAGAUGUUCCGUCGAAGAAAGAAAAAGAGAAAGAUUUAGAAAAAGAAGAGAUUCCUGCUGAGAAUGCAGAGGCAGAGCAUUCUACUGCUAUUCUGGCAUCUAAGGAACAAGAUGAGCAAUCUGCAUCAGAGCCUGUGAAGCAGAUAGAACUUCCUGUUGCAGUCCCAGGAUCUGGAGUGGGGGUAGCUGCUGCAGUAGAAGUGCCCAAAAUUACUGGAAUCUUGGCAGUGGUGACCAGCCCUCUAAAGCCUCCCAUCGUUGCCAUGCCCAUCCAUUCUCUUCCAGGUUCAUCCACCACGGCCUCCUUUGCUAAUCCAGAAUUGGUAGAGUUUGAAGCUAUGGACCUAGAUGCCCAACUAGACAAACUGGUGAAGCUUAGCUCCACUCCAGGCAAGAAAAAAUCCAAGGCAGUGAAUGAGGCAAUGGAUAGAGUGAAGAUCUGGUAA